GCGUCCUGGCAUCGGGCCCCUGCCACGUUUACCUUAGCCCACCCCUUGGGAAUUAGCUGCAUUUUACCCCAGCUUCUCGGUCCCUGCGUAUUGGUUCCCCCGCCCGCUGGUCAGGCGCGCCAUAAUGAGGUAAAAAAAAAAAAAUACCAAAUAUUUCGCAGUAAAUAAAUACUAUGGGACGCUCCGCCAGACCCGGCCAGGGAUUUCCCCAGCUUCUCGGCUGCUGCCGCUCCUUGCUCUGCCCUGUCCGGAUCACACCUCGCGUCCUGUUUGCGUACUGCUGCUUCUUUCUCAUCAUCACCUUCCUCCUAGGCAUCAGAAUGCACCUCAAAGGCUAUCUGUCCGCAGCCCUCUACGGGUUGCCAGCGCUGUCGCAAGCUGCCGCAGCAGCGAAGUCGACAGGAGACCCUUUCCAGCUCUACACCAUUAGCGCGGAAAACAUCACCGCCAAGUUCAUCCCAUACGGUGCACGCUUGACGUCCCUACUUGUCCCUGACCGUAACGGCAAUUUACAAGAUGUUGUCGUGGGCUAUGAUGACCCCAAGCAGUAUCUCAAAGACACUGAAACCAAUCAUACCUACUUCGGUGCAGUCGUCGGCCGGUACGCCAACCGGAUCAAGAACGGUACUUUCUCAAUUGGUCCAGACGUGUACCAUGUGCCAGAAAACGAGAAUGGUGGCGAAGAUACACUCCACGGAGGUACCGUGGGCUAUGACCAGCGCAAUUGGACAGUCAGCGCAUACACCAAUUCCUCCAUUACCUUCACCUUGGUUGAUCGUGCAUUCGAGGACUUUCCCGGAGAUGUCAUCACCCAUGCUACCUUCAGCGUCCAGACGGAAGUCACAACUGAAAAUCCCCAAGGUCUCCCUCAGCUGACUACCAAGCUCGUCUCUCUUGCCUUGACUGAGACGACCCCAAUCAUGCUUGCCAAUCACAUUUACUGGAACCUGAAUGCCUUCAAAGAUGAGAAUGUUCUCGAGGAUACUUGGCUGCAGCUGCCUCUCUCCAAGCGGAUCGUUGGUACCAACGGUAUCCUGAUCCCCAAUGGCACCAUCUUAGACGUCGACGUCUACAACGGCGCCCCCGACUUCACCAACGGCAAACUUGUGGGUCAGGAUAUCAAGGAAACAGAUGGCCUAUGCGGAACCGACUGCACCGGUUACGAUACCUGCUUCAUCGUUGACCGACCCCCUCAAUAUGCUGCUCGCAACUCCAUAGUCCCCAUCAUCCACAUGAACUCCAGCACCACCGGAAUCAGCCUAGACGUUGCAACGAACCAGCAAGCACUCCAAAUCUACUCUUGCAAUAGCCAGAACGGCACCAUCCCCGUCAAGCAGUCCCAAAUCAAGCGCAACGAGGCCGAGGGUGUCGAUGGCGCCGAGUACGUCAACAAGUAUGGCUGUAUCGUUAUUGAAACUGAGGGUUGGAUCGACGGCAUCAACAACCCCCAAUGGGGUCAGCUGCCCGACCAGAUCUACUCUCCUGAAACAGGCCCUGCCGUUAAUUGGGCGACUUACCAAUUCGGCACCGUUUGAGUGGUAAGCGCGGCUUGUUCGGAAACUUGUCUGAUCUCCGUUCAAUACUCUUAAUCUUAGGGUGGAAGUCUGAGCCCUUGGUUCUCCGUUCUUUACCUAGAUCACCUCCUGUAAAUCCGUGGUCGUGUACAUAAUCCAAUACGCCGUAUGUCUGGUCUGGCAUGAGACGUAUAGACUUCUACGCUAAACGUGUUUGAGAAAAUCUGAUGAAAGACAUCUAAA